AUGCGAGUAACUUUGGAAAAUGUAAAACACGUAGAAAUACAUGGCAUGAAUCUGGCCAGCAAAAAUAUAGUAAGCGCCCAAAUUUCUAAGGAGUCUUCUCGCGAAUAUUCCAAGUCUUCUGAUAAGUCCGACUGGAGAUCUAACCAGCCUUCUUGGAGAGCUGCUUCAUUUUCUUCACAUGAUCGUCCUAAACAGAUGAGAUCUAUUUCUUCUGGUGAUACGCGUAAUAAUUUUGACAACUCGAGCGAAAAACCUUGGCGACCGUGCACUUUAAAAGAAAUUAAUGAUGAUGGACGU